GCGUCUUCCAUUGCGGCAAGGGGACACUGUUGUGUUGCACAAAUGCAGUUCGUGCAAAGACGAGCUGCCAGUUGUGCCAAUCUGAGCUGGCUAUGUUUAUCCCAGAGGACCCUGUACACCACUGUACCUCUACAGAGGGAACUUUACUGGAAUGAAAAGUCGGAUCCAAAAGAAUCUAAAUUUGACAAAGUUCUCAUUGCAAAUCGAGGUGAGAUAGCAUGUCGAGUUAUCAACACCUGUAGACGUCUCGGCAUCAAGACAGUUGCCGUCCACAGUGAUGUUGACUCCUUGGCUGUCCACACGAGAAUGGCGGAUGAAGCGGUGUGCAUUGGUCCAGCGCCCACCAGCAAGAGUUACCUCAACAUGGACGUCAUCCUACAGGCUGUCAAGGACACUGGCGCCCAGGCGGUUCAUCCAGGAUAUGGGUUCUUGUCUGAAAAUACUGUGUUUGCAGCCAAACUGGCUGACAUCGGUGUUGAGUUUGUCGGGCCAAACAGUGAAGCUAUUCAUGCAAUGGGUGAUAAGAUUGAAAGUAAACGCAUCGCAGCGAAGGCUGGUGUCAACAUGAUUCCUGGUCACGAUGGUGUGGUGAAGGAUGCUGAUCACUGCGUCACUCUUGCCAAUGAAAUAGGCUAUCCAGUGAUGAUAAAGGCAUCAGCCGGUGGUGGCGGCAAGGGCAUGAGGGUGGCAUGGAAUGAUGAAGAGACCAGACAAGCAUUCCGGUUAUCUACACAGGAAGCUCAGUCUAGCUUCGGUGAUGACAGGAUGCUUAUCGAGAAGUUCAUUGACAAUCCAAGACAUAUCGAAGUGCAGGUGUUGUGUGAUCGUCAUGGAAACGCUCUGUGGUUAAAUGAAAGAGAGUGCUCAAUCCAGAGAAGGAACCAGAAAGUUAUAGAGGAAGCCCCAAGCACAUUUCUAGAUUCAGCCAUGAGGAAAGCUAUGGGAGAACAGGCUGUAGCUCUGGCAAAACAAGUUGGCUAUACAUCAGCAGGGACUGUUGAGUUCUUGGUUGAUUCUGCACGGAACUUCUAUUUCCUUGAGAUGAACACUCGGCUCCAAGUGGAACAUCCAAUCACUGAAUGCAUCACUGGCAUUGACAUUGUACAUCAGAUGAUGAGGGUCGCAAAGGGUCAUAAACUGAACCACACACAGGCUGAUAUUCCUGUAGAUGGCUGGUCCUUUGAAUGUAGAGUGUAUGCAGAGGAUCCUUUUAAUUUUGGAAUGCCAUCUAUCGGUCGAUUGUCCAAAUACGUGGAACCUCUACACAUUCCCCAGGUUCGCUGUGACAGUGGUGUGAUGGAGGGGAGUGACAUCAGCAUCUACUACGACCCAAUGAUCUGUAAGCUGGUGACCUACGGACCUACCAGAAAUGACGCACUCAGAUCAAUGAUAAAAGCUCUGGAUUCUUAUGUGAUAAAAGGUGUGACUCACAACAUCCCCCUGCUGCGCGACAUCUUGACGGAGGGCAGAUUUGUCAAGGGGGACAUCAGCACCAACUACCUACCCCACGUGUACCCUGAUGGAUUCCAAGGAAAACAGCUGAGCUCUGGAGAAAGGAAUGAGCUUGUAGCCUUGGCAGCAGUUGUUUAUGCUAAAGAUAAAAUUCGUACCUGCAACUUUAAGAACCAGACAAGGAUCCCAAAUGUAAAGCAAACAGUUCAAAAAUGGCAUGUCAAUGUUCAGCUUGGCGGUACAUUGUACCCGACCAGCGUGUGCCAGAAAGAAGAUGGCAGCUUCACCGUGGAGACCGGGGACCAAACAUUGACUGUCUCUGGCAACAUCUCCUUCUCCUCCCCCCUCAUCGAGACGACCAUCAACGGGGAGGAGAGGAUCAUUCAGUUGACCCACCGAGAUGGUGCCGGGAACUACAAGCUGAGAUUCUAUGGGACCGUGUUCCCUGUCACGGUCCUCGACGACCUGGCGUCUGAUCUGACCAAACUGAUGCCUGAGAAGAAGGAGGUAGACAUAAGUUCCGUCAUCUUGGCGCCCAUGCCUGGUGUACUCAAGUCGGUGUCCGUUCAAGAUGGAGACAUGGUGGCAGAGGGACAGGAAGUGUGCGUGUUGGAGGCCAUGAAGAUGCAGAACAGUCUUGUAGCUGCCAAGGUUGCAAAGGUGAAGAAGGUCCACUUCAAGGCAGGGGACACAGUCAAUGAAGAAGAUGUCAUUAUAGAACUGGAGUGAUUGGAACAAUUGGUUGCCAUGGCAAUGUGUGACAUGGCCAUCCCUUUGGCUGGAAUGGAAUGGUCUGAGAAAGACAACAGAGCUGGUCUAUUUGUUUGUGAUAGGAGUGCUAGUGUGUUUGUGACUUGGAUGCGCCAAUAUAAUCGUCAUUUGUGUGAGAGAUUUAAAGUCUGUGCAGAUUAAUAAUAUCUAUGUUACCUACGUAAAGCUGCAUAUCACAUUUACUAAAUGUACAGGUAUUUAUUGAGAAACAUUUGACAUAUUUUUUUGUUCAUAAACAUUGAAAGACAUCCGAGUGAAUCACCAGAUAUACAAGAUUUAUUUACUACAGGUUUAUGUACUUCAACCUGAGUUCCCCAGUACUCAGAAGUAACACAUUCAGAACACAAGGGCUGUAAGAAGAUGAAUCAUUUGUUUGAGCAGAGACUUUAUACCAUAUUGAGUUCUGACAUCUAUAGCUAUCAGAGACAGCGUCAUUGGUAAAGUGCUGACUUGUCAUGCGAUGACUGGUGUUAGAUUCUGCACAUAGGCGUAUGAGACUUUGUCUGAUGUCCUGAUGUUUUGUGGCUGGAACAAUGUGGGUAAAACAAGUGACUCACUCUUCAGUUUAGUGUUCUGUAUACUCCACUGUUCUAUGAUUACACAAAAACUUGGUAUUGAAUGUAGAA